CACCUUUUCUUCAUUUUGCGUCUCUCAUUGCCAACACCACUGAACCAAGAGAGAGAACCUCUCUGGGUAAAGAAAGAGACACAGAGAGAAUUGUCCAAAAAAAAUGUCCAAAUUCGCCGCCCUCUUCAUGGUAGCCCUCCUCCUUUCCACCGCGCUAACCUACGCUCGUCCGGCGCCUGACUUGGUUAAAACCCAGAAUCAGGAUGCUGCAACUGAGAGUAAUGAGAUUGAUCAUGAAGAAAACUGCGAAGGAGUGGAGAGGGAUGAGUGCUUGAUGAGGAGGACUCUGGCGGCUCAUCUUGAUUAUAUAUAUACCCAGAGGCACCACAACCCAUGAAUUUUGUGUGUUUUUCUUUUGUUUGUUUCUUUCUCUUAAAUCGAUCACUUGCCAGAAUUCUAGUAGUUAGUUAGCAUCAUAUAUAAUAAAGGAUAAUAGUUUUAAUUUUGCUGGCAUAGAUAUACUCCUACCUCUGUGUCUGGUGGUGGUGGUGGACUGGCGGUGGUGGUGAUGGUGUUUUAAGACCAGCUUGAGCUAGCUCUUGUUCCAUUGAGAUUACAUGAGAUUAUUCAGAGUUUCCUAAUAGCAAAUAAAAGACUUCAAUAUUACCAGAA